AUGCCCGACAUCGACCCCGCGGCUUUGAGCCGUCCAGCUGUCGGCCUUACGACUCCUAUCUUACCGAACAAGACUCUUGCGGGCUCUGUUCCUGGUGCGCCAAAGAUUGCAAAGUCUAGCCAGAUCAUCCCCGCCCGAAUUGAUUUAGAACCGUUGUAUACUGCACUUAAAGCCGCUAUAGGCAACGAGAAAUGGGCCAUAUACAAGGAAUCAACCAGCGAGUUCUUAAUAGGACGUUUGAAUCAGGCCGAAUACUCGGAGAGAAUAGAUCCCAUCCUCGCAGGCCCAGGUGAUAAAGAGCACUUACAUAAUAAUCUCAUCGCUGCUAUCUAUGGCAACGUCACUCGAGAAAUGCCCGACCAAGGGCUGGCGCCAUGGGUCAGUGCCAACGAUAAGCCUGCGGCGACGACAGGAACCAAGCCAGUAUCAGGCGAUGCUGCUGAGCGGAGGUUGAAGGGAGAUGUUAUGCAAUUGCCAACACGAGACCGAAGGCGCAUCAAGGACCUAGUGCAGAAUGAUGUUGGUUUCUCUAUACUACCUCUGUUUCAAUCGCUGACAGCUAUCAAGUGGGAUCCGCAUGAGAGCAUAUCGAACGUCUUCGCAGACACACAUCGCAAACCUUCCACAGUUGCAGUUACAGAUGCUACACCCACAGUAGGGGGCAUCAACAAUAUGAAUUUCGACUUAGAGAUUCGAAAACGAUAUGCGCAACCGUUAGCGAUAGAAUCCGGCGAAUUCCCCGACAUCAACAUGAUCUCUGGCCGAAUGCUUCCCUCUUGCUACGAAGCAGGGCUCGUCAACGGCCACACUUCCGACGCCCCCCAGUUCAUGUCGGUAGCCGUGGAAACUUUCAUCAAAGAAGUCCUUACCCAGGUCUUCAGCCGUACAAGGAGUAAUGGUCCUGGCGAAUCGGGUAGCGCUGGAUUUGGCGUAGGGACAACCUGGAUCCAGACGCGCAAGUAUAAGCAACAGUUGGAAUACGAAGAAGAAGCUGCGGCGCGAGGCGAAAUCGCUCGAGACAAGGGAGGGCUUUUACCGAUAGAGUCUCGGGCGGCCAGUGAGAGAGGUCCUCUCGGCAUGUCUGAUCUUCGCCUAUCUUUGGAGAUGGCCGACUCAGGGAUGGCACAGUUCCCAGUGUUAAUGACUCAAGUUAUUUACGGUUAUCGAGAAGGCGAGCUGGAGAAUUGGGAAGACUACACUUGGGUCGAUGACCAACCACCUCAAUAUUAUGCCCACGAGAGGCAUGGGUUGGACAUGAAUGGAGGACAGGUUUAUGAACUCCAGAACGGAAAUCCCGACGCUAUGGAUAUCGAUACAGAGACCUGGUGGGAAGGCGCAGAGAGCCAGGAUGCUGACAUGUUGGACGGCGUCUUGGAUUCAUGUCUCGCCGCGGGAUCUUAG